AGCGCCUCACCCCCCGUCCCAUCAUCCGCUGCUACUGGUGCUGCUGGUGCUGCUGGUGCUGCUGGAGCGGGAUUAUCCACAAGUCCUGCCCGCCUCCAACGCGAGCCACACGGGGAACGCUGGAGACUUGUUGCGCGUAAUUCGGCGGAGCGCGCCAGCUCAUCCAAGUGGUUCCUGUCCGUGCGUGCGAUGUUUUGAUUCGAGACGUGUCCGCGGCGCCGGAAGGGACCGAGAGCAACUGGGACUCUCAGCCUGAAACCAGCUCCUGUCUGCGCCCAGUGACGAUGAGAACAUCCGACCACAGCCAACCAAACCCGGGUGAUUAGAGUCCCUCCGAGCCGCUGCCGCACGGAGCCAGUUCCUCCUGUCGAUGGCACCGACUCUCAGCCAAGUCAAACUUUAUCAGAUCCCACUUCAUUAGAGUCACUCUCCUCCUCUUCAUCCUCAUCAUCCCUCUUCUUCCUCCUCGUCGAGCCGCUUCUCCUCAUCGACAUGUCUGAGAGAGACGGACACGGGGACGCGCUGUGCCGGGACGCAGCUCCGGACUUCAUCCCGCCGAGGGCGUCCCGCGGCCGGCGGAGCGGAGUGGUCCUCCCCGGCGGCGGCGGCCAGGACACCGACACCAUCCUCCUGGAGUCCGUGAGGGCGGCCCCGCGCCGGAGCAGCAUCAUCAAGGAUCCCUCGGUGCAGAAAGUGGGCGGCGGCCGGAAGAAGACGGUGUCCUUCAGCAGCAUGCCCUCUGAGAAGAAGGUGAGCAGCGCGGCCGACUGCCUGGCCUUCAUGCAGGGCGGCUGUGAGCUGAAGAAGAUCCGGCCCAACUCCCGGCUCUACUGCCGGUUCUACACCCUGGACCCGGACCUGAGCUGCCUGCGCUGGGAGCCGUCCAAGAAGGACGGGGAGCGGGCCCGGCUGGACGUGAGCAGCGUCCGGGAGGUCCGCACCGGGAAGAGCACCGAGACCUUCCUCCACAACGGGCCCCUGUGUGAGCAGCUGGCCGAGGAGGCAGCCUUCUCCAUCAUACAUGGAGACGACUACCAGUCUCUGGACCUGGUUGCACUGUCUGCUGAUGUGGCCAACAUCUGGGUGACGGGCCUGCGCUACCUGCUGGCCCACCCGUCUGUGAUCGGCGGGGCCGGGGGAGGUGGUGGAGGAGGCCUGGGGGAAGGAGGCGUGGUGGCGGUGGAUGGAAGCCUGGGCAGCAAGAUGAGGAGCGAGUGGCUGGCGGCGGAGUUCGGCCAGGUGGACGAGGACGGCUACGGCAUCGUGUCGGAGGACGUCGCGGUCGCCACCAUCUGCAAACUGUGUCCCGGCAUCAGGGAGGCGAAGGUGCGUCUGCGUUUCAAGGAGAUCCAGCGCAGCAAAGAGAAGCUGACCUCCCAUGUGACCCGGGAGGAGUUCGAGGAGGCCUUCUGCGAGCUCUGCACCCGGCCCGACGUCUACUUCCUCCUGGUGCAGCUGUCCAAGGACCGCGAGUGUCUGGACCCCCAGGACCUGCGUCUCUUCCUGGAGACGGAGCAGGGUCUGUCCCUGGCCACGGCCGAGGGCUGCUGGGAGCUGCUGAGGCGCCACGAGCCCUCGGCUCAGGGCCGCGAGCGGGGGCUGAUGGGUCUGGACGGGUUCGCUCGCUACCUGCAGUCGCCCGAGUGUCAGCUGCUGGACCCGGAGCACCUGGGGGUGUGUCAGGACAUGAACCUGCCGCUGUCCCACUACUACGUCAGCACCUCGUACCGCUCCUACCUGCUGGAGGACCAGGUCCACGGCAGAGCCGACCUCGGGGGUCUGAUCAAGUCCCUGCAGUCCGGCUGUCGGUGCCUGGAGCUGGGAGUGACCGACGGCCCAGAGGGGGAGCCCCUGCUGGGGGUGGACUACGGGCCAGAAGUCCCCCGCCACCAUCACCACCACCACCACCACCAUCACCACCAUGCUCCUGUGACCAUCCGCUCUGCUCUGGAGGUGGUGAACAAGUACGCCUUCCUGACCUCCCAGUACCCGCUGCUGGUGUACCUGUGCCAGCGCUGCUCUCCGGCCCAGCAGCGGACGAUGGCCCAGCACCUGAAGAAGGUGUUCGGCUCCCGGCUCUUCACGCCGGAGGCCCUGCCCGUGUGCCUGGGGGGGCGAGCCACCACCCUGCCCUCCCCCGAGCAGCUGAAGGGACGCAUCCUGCUCGUGGGGAAGAAGCUGCCUCCGGAGCAGCAGGGCUCGGACGGAGAGGUCUCUGAGGAGGAUGAGGAGAUAGGAGGAGGAGGCCCGUUGGCAGGGCGGAGAAUGACCAUCCCCGGGGAGGAGGAACUGGGCGUGGUCCUGGUGGUGCCUCCGCCCUCUCAACCCCGGAAGCUGCGUCUCCACAAAGAGCUGUCAGACCUGGUGGUCAUCGGUCGGAGCGGCAGCCGCAGCUUCUACGCCCAGAGGGGGAGUCACAAGCACGCUCAGCAGCAGUCCCCCCCCAGCAGCCCCUCCUCCCCCGGCACCCCCGCUGCCCCCGAGCCGCCUUACUGGACCCUGUGCUCCCUGGGGGAGGGAGAGGGCGGGCGGCUGACCAGCGAGAGCCCGGAGGACCUGGUCAUGUUCACAAAGCGCACUUUGACCCGGGUGAGACCCAGCUCGGUGCGCCUGGACUCCAGCAACCCCAACCCCCAGGGGUACUGGAAGGGAGGGGUCCAGCUCGUGGCCUUGAACCAGCAGACCCCCGGCGCCAUGCUGGACCUGCACCGAGGUCGCUUCCAGCAGAACGGGGGGUGUGGCUACGUGCUGCGCCCGGCGGUGAUGAGGGACGAGGUGUCGUACUUCAGCGCCCACACUCAGGGGUGUGUCCCGGGGGUUCCCCCCCAGACGCUCCGCAUCAAGGUCAUCAGCGCCCACAACCUGCCCAAGCCUCAGGGCUCGGGGGCGAAGGGAGAGGUCAUCGACCCCUACGUGGUCCUGGAGCUGCACGGCGUCCCGGCCGACUGCGCCGAGCAGCGGACUCGAACCGCCGCUCAGAACCAGGACGACCCGCUGUUCGAUGAGACCUUCGAGUUCCAGGUCAACAUGCCGGAGCUGGCCUUGCUGCGCUUCGUGGUUUUGGACGACGACUACAUCGGAGACGACUUCAUCGGUCAGUACAGCGUGGCCUUCGAGUGCCUCCAGCCCGGCUACCGCAACGUGCCCCUGCUGGGCCUGGUGGGAGACCCCUUGCCCCACACCAGCCUGUUUGUCCACGUGGCCGUCACCAACCGGCGAGGAGGCGGCAAGGCCCAGAGGCGGGGGCUGUCGGUGAGGCGGGUGGGCCGGAGGGGGCGGGACCACGUCACGCUGAGGCACACCAGCAUCAAGGUGGUGGACGAGACCUUCAAGACGGCCGGGGGGGCCCUGAAGGAGGCGGCGGAGCUCAGGGACGACGCUCAGAGCACAACGGCCAGUUUCAAGGAGCAGUGUGGGCUCCCCACGGUGGCCAAGCUCAAGCAGUGCAUCCAGAGCCUGGCCACCAGGCUGCAGAGCCCCGAGGGGCCCUUGGGGGCCACCAUGGUGCUGAGGGAGGGCUACCCCUGUCUGGAGCCACUGGCCAACCUGUCGGAGCCGACACGCAAACUGCUCAGCGCCUACGACACGAUGAUCGCUGCUCAGAAGCAGCUGAUCGAGAACGCAGACGCCGUCCAGGAGAGGAUCGCCCAGGUGCAGAGAGAAGGCAUGGACUUCCACGAGGACCUGUCCCGGCUCGGGGAGAAGGACGGACUGAAGGGACGGAAGCUGUGCAAAGCUGUGGAGAGCUUCACCUGGAACAUCACUGUCCUGAAGGGUCAGAGCGAUCUGCUACGAGGAGCCAAGGUGGAUUCCCUGGACGCUCUGCGGCAGCUGGCUCUGGCCUGUGAAGCCUGCGGACUCGCCUCCUCCUCCUCCUCCUCCUCCUCCUCCUCCUCCUCCUCCGCCAACUCCUCGUCCUCCACCUUCUCCGCUGCCGAGCUGCACUACUCCUCCCACUCGCUGUCGGGCCGCCGCAGCAGCACGCACGGAAACGGACGCAUUUGACCCGGCUCGCUGCCCCCGGGUCCAGCUCGCUGCCAAAGACGGAGAGAGAGCGAAGAGAGUAAAUACAGAGGAUGUGAGAGAGACAGAGCAACAGCAGAGCGGAGGAGGUGGAGGCCCCAGAGGAGGAGGUGGAGGCCCCAGAGGAGGAGUCUCUGUCCCCAGUGUGUAGACUUGCCUAGAACAGUUUAUCUGUUAAAGCCUUAACGUGAGUUCAUCCAUUCAUCACUGACGCUCCCGCCCGAGGAGAAGCUUCUCGUGAAUGUGCUGAAUCAGAGGUGGAGAAGCAGACGUGGCUCCUCCACCCUCCGACGGCUCCUGCUCGACUUUGUGAGAGACUCGUAAAGAAAUCAGAGACACCUGGAUAGUGACGAUGGCGCUGUGGUAGAGCGGGUGUUCACAGACCUGAUGGUGUUUUAGACGGAUUGAGAUCCAGCCUCAGCAGAUAUCACGACCUCUGUGUGUGGGCCAUUACAGAACGGGUUGAAUUGAGGGAUAGAAGUAAAGAUGAAGAUUUGCAGUAUAAUAAUACUUUCAAAGCGUUUUUUAUUUUUUAGAUUUAACUGCAGUUGAUGCAACUGAACUUUAGUCGAAGCUUCAUGUAAAGAAAAUGUCCUUCUACAUCGAAAUUGAUAAAGAAGAAGCUUUAAAUUAACGUGAGAUUAACAUGAGUGACUGUGCUAAGGAUGAUUGACAGUUAUUAACAACGACCGGAUUGGCUGGACACGCCUCCUGGUCAAAAACACUUUGUCUGUUUGGAGACAUAACGUGAAAUUAAUUAAUUGCGUCUCUUCUCUUGGUAAAUAUUUCAUUUUCAUAACUAAAAACUGAGCUCCUGAGCCGUUUUCUGUGUGAGGCCGGUUGCUCUGAUACGGAUGAAUUGUGUAGUGUGUUGAAUGAGCAGUGGACACACACACAGACACACACAGACACACACACAGGUCACUGGUCUCUCCCCUCGGUCACGUUCACUGGACGAGGGCCCGGCUGUAACGUGAGGAGGUGUAAUGGAUCCCACCUGUACUGUAACUGGAGAAGUCCUUGUGUAUUUACUGUAGUACUACAUGUGUGUGUGUGUAGAAGUACAUGUGGGGAUCACACAACCUCCUCGCCCACGUGUGGGUCGGUGUGUGUGUGUUUGUGUGUAGAAGCCACAGAUUCCCGCAGCGUUGAUGAAGUUUAAGAUGUAGCAAUAAUAAUAGUUGUGAGUUAUGAAACGUUGUGUUUAACUCACGAACGAUUGAAAACAACACAACUAACUGGUGUCAGCAGGUGCUACUGGGCUCGUGGUUGUGCGUACCUGUCGGUGACGUUGGCGUUCCUCGAAGCCUUUUGUGUGUAACCGUGUUUCUUCUUAGAACAAACACCUGGUUCUCGUUCUUUGAACCGAGCUUUUGUACGUUCUCUUGUUUCUUGUGAUGCUGCGUUUGAACCAAACGUGACUGAAGUGAUGCUAACACACAGGACUAAGCUAACGGGAUUAGAAAGACCUCCUUCAAUACUGUCCCACGUCCAUGUCCUCACUUCUCCAGGGAUUUUCAUGCCUCGGUUUCUUUAGAGUCAAUGUCUCGGAAAUGCUAAAUUAUCUUUAAAAUAUAAGGUUUGAAAUCAGAAAGAAACAUUUUGUGUUUUUGAAAAUUGGAUUAAAGAUCUUGUGCACAUCAGGAAAAUCUCGAAACAACUGAUUUGGUUAAAUCUAUUUCCUCCUAAUCUGAUUUCAGACAUUUGUUUUCCCUGAGGGGCUGAGAAGGUCCGAGAAAGUUGUGUAACUUUUCCUGCAGCCUCUUGGUAAAAUGUCCACGUGAGAAAACAGCAGGAGAAUGUCGGGACGAGUUUGUUGUUGUGUCUCGACACGCAACGUGAUGAUAGAGCAGCCGAACACGUAGAGGACUCAGACUAAGACCAGGAGACUCCAGAGCUCUCUGGUGAAGAGGGCGACUCCGGUGUGGAUGAGCUGUAAACAAAACCCACUCCACCCACUCGCAUGAAUGUUCUCCACAAUUUCCUGUUGUUGUGAUCGAGUCGGACCCGAACAAUCUCCUGCUGCGUUCCUCACAUGUGAAACACAAACUGGAUCUAGAGCUUUCUGUGAGUUCAUGUCUGAAAACAGCUUCGAGCGUUUGAAGAAAGCAAAGUGCAGCAGCGGAGGAGAAGAAGAAGAAGA